GCAUGAGUUCUCGCUUUAUAAACGCUGCGAAUGGGCUUCAACACAGACCUCACUUGUUGAGUGAUCUCUAUGAGGACAGUCGAACGACACCUGACACACCUAAAGACUCCAUUUGAGCGGCAAAUGACGACGGCAAUGAUGAAAGGAUGUGUGUUGUUCAUCUGCUUGUUCUUCACAGUGUUUCAGUCCAUCACGUGCGAAGCGAACCGGAUAGAUGCGCGCAAAAAACACGAAAACGACGUGGACCACCACAGCUCAUCCAUAACAACAGGAGUGUGGAAUCAGGAGAAACCGAAGAGACUCUUUGCCAGGACUCGCUAUCUUUCUCAGCAGAGAAGUCAUGUGGUGAGACCUAAGCCCAGGCCGGAGGCGUUUUCUCCAGCCCAGACUCCAGCGCGACGCUGUGCCGGUCUGAUGGAGAGCUGCUCCUCACUCACUCCCUGCUGCGACCCGUGUGCCUCCUGCCACUGCAGGCUCUUCAACACCAUCUGCCACUGCUGGAGACUGGGACACCUCUGCCCCAAGAAGACCUGAUGACCCUUGCACACACACACACACACACGCACGCAG